AGGGGAUCAUAUCUAGAUGCGACCGUGCUCUGGAGUGGAAAAGAGAUAGUUGGGUGCUCCUACUAGUCUACGUCGUUUGUCGCCAAACCCCCAACGCGCAUGUCGCAUCUUUUUGUCGCGUUUUCUACCCGUUAAUUGCCCGCAAUCAAAUAAUGCAAUAACCUCCUCCUUGACCUCUCAACCACGAUAAAUCUGCGCGACCACCGCCCUUCGCUCAUCUCCAACAAUCAAACUCGAUCACAGACUCCCCCCAGAACAGCACCAUGGAGCCACCUUCCAAAAGGCCCCGGUUGUCACUUGCAGCGCAAGACGAGGACGAUACAAGUGACGUGGACCUACAGGAAGCUCGCUUUGAAAAUGACCAGCGCCUGAAAUCAAUUUUCGAGGGUAUUUUUCAGAAAUACGAAAAGGAUUUUACAGAAGUGGGCGAUGAGAUCGAUCUGCAGACAGGGAAGAUAGUCAUCAACAACGGACACCUCCAAGGGAUGGACGACGAGCACGAUACCGGCGAAAAAGGGGAGGAAGACGAGGAGGAAGGGGAGCGAUCGUGGCUAUUUGGUCCAGGUGCAGAUUGGUCCGCGGGGGAAUCAGAGUCUCAUGGCCAGGAUGGAGAGGGAAAUACGGUGAAUAGAACCACCGACUACGUGGAGACUCGAGACGGGGAUGAUGGAUGGGGAGACAAGGGGAUAACCUCGUCAAGACAGCAGCAGGGUUCACCGAUAUUACAGCCAGGUCGGGAAGGGGCAAGAGAGGAGCAAGAAACAUCGAACGAAGCAGCCAAUGCCGAUCUAGACGCCGAUGACGAUACGUCGAGUGUGGAUUCCCUGUUGGAUACAGCUCUGGACGUCCAGAACAAUCUGAGGGAGUCACUAGCCAAGAGGACCAGGAUAGGCGCAGAAAAGUCGCACGCAGAAAAAGCAAAUUCUGCGGCUGAAACAUCCGUCCAAUCCAAGCGCGAGCCUGGCCAUAACCUCCCUGAGCCGGCGGAGUCGCUCUGGCGCGUUCCUGAAAUCGAUGCGAAUUUCUCAACGCCUACUUGGCAUCGAUCGCGACCAAAACCUGCCAACCAGGUCGCCCGAUCUGAAUCUCCACCCCAAGCAGGUUCGAUUUGGGCGUUGCCAGGGAGCUCGCGGCGACGGCCAGUAUCGGCCAAAAAGAGAAGCCCCAAGAAACAGGAGACUGGCCAACGAAGUCGCAAGAUUGCAUCCAGCCCUGUCGUGUUCGACUGGUCUUUCGCAGAAACCCCCGAUGGAAACGAAUCCGACGACCCGCUGCAGGAGGAGGUCCAGCCGUCACCGACACCGAAAGAUAACCUGAAAAUUAGAGGGAAAAUGCCGACGUUAGGUGGUGGUACGAAAACCGAACUUCAGAAGGGCCCUCCAGAUGAUCGGCAUGGCCCUAUUUCAGCGAGGAGGGAGUUAGACGCAAUCACUAAUGACAAGACUGCACGGCGGCAACCGAACGCCCCCAAAAACGUUGAUACCCCUUGCGUACAGUCAGACAGCACCAAGGUUAGCUCAACUAGGAAUGCAGCUACAGCUCAGGAUUCGACGCCUACGAACAAGCAGGUCAGAAUGGCCAUGACGCCAGACGAAGCAAGGACGAUUGUAAUUACAAGACAUGUCGAAGGAAAGAUGUGGAAAGAGGUGUUGGAACUUUUCCCACAAAGGACUCUAAGGCAGAUCAUGCAGUGGAAUCAGAUGCAUUGGAACGAUCGCCGUGCGAACCCACCUCCGCAAUCCGGGCCUUGGACGGACAGCGAGCGAAAAACAUUGGAGCGUCUCAAAGAUCAACGAGGUCUCACCUGGCCCACUAUUCGUGCUGCUCUUCCCGGGCGCUCACAGGCAGAAUUGGAGUUCGAACUACUGCAUCUUUGGGUGGGCGAUGAUGUUUGGAACAAUCAGCAAAAGAAGAUACCCGCAUAGGUGGUCACCAGGCCUCUCAAUGCCCAAAAGGCAACCCAGAUCAUCCACUUAUUUCCCAUAAUUGCACUCCGGCCUUGGAGCAGAUGACAGCCUUUGCUGUGCAUUUUGCAAAGCUCUCUGGCUUGGGUGAAAACCUCACAAUCGCAGAUGAAAUC